AUGAUUCUUAUUGUUGUGUUGUGUUUUAGUUGUGAUGGACGUCGUGAAUGUCAUUUUGUGGUGGGUAACGACUUCUUCAUCCAUGACCGUGAACCCAUGAAGAAACCUGAAGCACGUACAUUUAACAUGAGUGUGAAAUCUGCACCGCUGACGUGUGCGGUGACUUCGAGAAGAGGAAUCGAAUGGCCUGCGACCGUUGCUGGAACGACCGUGAACAGGCCGUGUCCGGAAGGCACUAGAGGAACUUCUUCCUGGCGAUGCUCUGCCGAAGGGCUAUGGUCAGAACCUGGUCCGAAUACCUUGGAAUGCCGCAGUGAUUGGACCAUCCAACGACAUGACGCGCUUGAAGAGACGAUAAAAGAUCAGGAUGCGAGUGGAAUCCCGGAGCUUCUGCGCGCGAUGACCUCUGACACACGGAGACCUAUGGUAGCUGGAGAUCUGCCAAAGCUUCUAAAUAUUCUUGACAUCGUUCAAGAUGUGGUCGGCAGAGAGCUGUGGGCGAAAAGCAGCCAAAAGCUGGUGAAUCAGCUCAUUGUGAACGUCGUUCAUAAUACCCUUCGAGCGAAGGAAAUGUGGCAGAACUGGCCGUCAAUGAAGCGUCACACGUUCGCCACAAGACUUCUGACAAGUGUCGAACGAGCGAUGACCUCUGCCUCAACUACGGUCCAUUCGUCGGAGAACUACGUGCAGCCGUUGGUGAUGACUGAAAUGAGCGAAAGUAUCAGGACUUCUUCCCAACCGUCGAGUUACUUCCUUUUCCCGUCGAUGGCCCUGUGGGCAGGCGAAAACAACGUGGACAGUGUGGAUAUUCCGAAAGAAGCCCUUGAAUUGACAGGAUUGGAUCGCGCCCGAGUUUACUAUGCAUCCUUUGCGAAUAUUGGUGAUGAAAUGGAGCCGCCUGUGGAGAAAUUGCCCGUUUCUGAACAGCUACCGACUGGAGGAGAACGACGUCGUCGAGUCGUCUCCCGUGUGGUGGCCGCUUCAAUCGUUCUCGAUGGCAAAACCAUAAGGCUACCAGUACUUCCCAAGCCGGUAAUCAUUACAUUCCAUCACUACCCUGAAGCUUUACGACGAAUGACCUCGCCGGAGUGCUCGUGGUGGGAUACUGAGGAGAUGAAGUGGUCUACGAGCGGCUGCGCUCUACAGUCACAUAACUCUACUCAUACCGUAUGCGCUUGCAACCAUAUGACUCACUACGCUGUUCUGAUGGAUUAUGUUGGUCAUGAGAUUUCUACCACGGAUAAUCAACUUCUCACAUUUCUCACAUAUGCCGGUUGCACGUUGUCGAUAGUCUGCCUUACUCUGACAUUCCUCUGCUUUCGUUUUCUUCGUCAAAGGAGGAGGCGACAGUUCGAAUGUGGUAUGAUUGCGGGUUGUCUGCUGUAUUUCUUCCUAUCGGCCCUGACUUGGAUGUUACUUGAAGGUUACCAGCUCUAUCAAAUGCUAGUUGAGGUUUUCCCUGCUUCACGACGCCGAUUGACCUUUUUCCUAGUUGGUUAUGGCCUACCGGCUAUCAUCACUCUGGCAGCCGCUUAUUACGAUCCGACUGGCUUCGGAACACGUAACCAUUGCUGGUUACGUACGGACAACCUUUUCAUCUUGUUCUUUGUGGCACCGGCAGCUGUGAUUCUGUUGACGAACACGAUGUUCCUAUUCAUGACCAUGUGUAUCGUAUACAGACAUGCGAAGUAUAUUCCCUGUAGGCAUGCGACGGACAAUGGAGGAGAUAUCAGGACUUGGGUCAAAGGAGCGAUGGGUUUGGUUUGCCUUCUCGGUGUCACCUGGACGUGUGGAUUGUUGUGGAUCGACGAUGGACAUUCGAUAGUGCCUGGGCUAUGCGCAUUCACACAAUUGCGAACUCCCUUCAGGGUCUCUUCAUCUUCCUGUUCCAUGUGUUGUUCUCAGAGAAGAUGCGAUACGAUGUUUUGCGAUGGUGCAACAAUCACCAUCUCCCGUGUGUUAGUUCCAGUUCCCGGAACACCUCUAGAGAUCCACAAAAACAUGGGACCAUGUCCCCGUCAGAGAGGAGUGGCAGCGAAUUCAUCUCAGUAUCCCACGUCCGAGAAGAUGCACACAUCACCUCGAGGAUUGGAUUCCUCUAUGAACUCGGCCUACCCUCAACAACCACUUGUGCACCACUAUCAGCGUCAUCCAUCACAAGCUAAUGGAACCUACGACUACGCAACGAUUGCGUAUGGAGAGAUGGUACCGGGCCAUAUGUUACCCCGUAUGGCCUCCUCGUUCCCUCACCCAGGCGUUGCCGUGCAUUAUCCUCCGUUUGAUACGUCGAUGAUUCGUGGAAGCGAUCUGGACUCCGUCUAUCAGCCUCAGGUGUUCCAUCAUCGUCCCCCACCGGACUUUUCCCCACCACCACCUCCUCCUCAGGGUACAACCCCAUCAAGAGUAAUUCGCCCCUCCGUCUUCCAAAAUGAGCGACGACUCGGCGUAUUCUGA